CGGAGCGUCGCUUCCGCGGAAACGCCUCACGGGAGGUUUGUCCCGGCUCGCGCGCCGUCCCGCCCGGCCCCGGCACCCGGAGAGCGCGCGCGGCGGACAUGGGCGAGACCAUGUCCAAGAGGCUGAAACUGCACUUGGGAGGGGAAGCAGAGAUGGAGGAGCGGGCGUUCCCCAAUCCCUUCCCGGACUAUGAGGCCGCCGCCGCCGCCUCCGGGCUUGCUACCGGAACGGCGGAGGAGACCGGCUGCGCCCGCCUCUCGCCCCCUACGGAUGAGAUCGGCCUCCCUUUCCACCAGGACGGGAAGAUUCUUCAUAGCUUCAUAAGGAGAAUCCAGACCAAAAUCAAAGAUCUUCUACAGCAAAUGGAAGAAGGGCUCAAGACAGCUGACCCUCACGAUUGCUCUGCUUACACCGGCUGGACAGGCAUAGCCCUUUUGUACCUGCAGCUAUACCGGGUCACUUGUGACCAGACCUACCUACUCCGAUCCCUGGAUUAUGUGAAGAGGACACUUCGGAAUCUGAAUGGUCGAAGAGUCACUUUCCUGUGUGGAGAUGCUGGUCCCCUUGCUGUGGGAGCUGUGAUCUAUCAUAAACUCAAAAGUGAGAGCGAGUCUCGGGAGUGCAUCACAAAACUUUUGCAGCUUCACAGAACAGUUAUCUGCCAAGAGUCAGAGCUUCCUGACGAACUGCUUUAUGGACGGGCAGGUUAUUUGUACGCCUUACUGUACCUGAACACAGAGAUUGGCCCAGGGACCGUGUGUGAAUCAGCUAUUAAGGAGGUAGUCAAUGCUAUUAUUGAAUCGGGUAAGACUUUGUCAAGGGAUGAAAGAAAAGCUGAGCGCUGCCCACUCUUAUAUCAGUGGCACAGGAAGCAAUAUGUUGGAGCAGCUCAUGGCAUGGCUGGAAUCUACUACAUGUUAAUGCAGCCAGCAGCAAAUGUAGACCAAGAAACCUUGACAGAAAUGGUGAAACCUAGUAUUGAUUAUGUGCGCCACAAAAAAUUCCGAUCUGGGAAUUAUCCAUCUUCAUUAAGUAAUGAAACAGAUAGGUUGGUUCAUUGGUGCCACGGUGCCCCCGGCGUCAUCCACAUGCUCAUGCAGGCCUAUAAGGUGUUUAAGGAGGAAAAAUACUUGAAAGACGCCAUGGAGUGCAGUGAUGUGAUCUGGCAGCGAGGUCUGCUCCGGAAAGGCUAUGGGAUCUGCCACGGGACUGCUGGGAAUGGGUACUCCUUCCUCUCCCUUUACCACCUCACACAGGAUAAAAAGUACCUCUAUCGAGCUUGCAAGUUUGCAGAAUGGUGUCUUGAUUAUGGAGCUCAUGGGUGCCGUAUUCCUGACAGACCCUAUUCCCUCUUUGAAGGCAUGGCUGGCGCUGUUCACUUUCUCUCUGACAUCUUGGAACCAGGGACAUCAAGAUUUCCAGCACUUGAACUUGGCUCUUUACAGAAGGAUUAAAAAUAUGCAAAACAGACAACUAAAAUACCCAUUGGACCAAAAGUCACCAGAUUGCUUAGUGCCUGACACAGAACCAACUGUGAAUUUUGAAAGACAAUAAAAAGAAAACACCUUCCUGGGCCCCUUUUUGUUGCAGAAGUCCCCAAGUCAGAGCAUCCCAUGGGCAUUUUGUGACAGCAUUCCCUCCCUGGUGUAAAAUAUGAACUCUCCACGUACAGGUUCCUUGUAGUGUGCAUGUUCCUUGGUGUUUGUUGCCUAUAGGCAUAACUUGUUCUAAAUGGAAAGUCCUUUUUCCCAUACGAGCUCUCAGCUGAGCAUGCACCAGUAUAGAGUGGCAGCCACACCAUGCUGUAUAUAAUAUAUAAAUUGGGGUGCUGUCUCUAUUGAUAUGCAGGGGAAUAGUCAGGGAUGUCUCUCUUAAACAUCUAAAAAGGAAUUGCAGGAAAUAGUUUAAUGAAAAUAUUUUGCCAGCAUUUUCUAUGUGAACCUUUCAGAAGAACAUGAGGGAAGGGCCAUUCCCAAAAACUUGAAAAGAAAUGGCAGGCAAAAGGGUAUUUGCUGGAACACCAAUGGAUAUUGCAGUCAGACACUGCUUCCUCUGUGUCAUGUGCUCACCUUGGUGUUUGCAAGGGGCCCUAGGGACCAUGUGUAACCUUGAAAGGUUUCCUUGUAGUACAAAUAGUGCCCUGGAAAAUGGACUCUGUGGUGCUGAGAGUAACUUUUAAGGACCUUUUACAUGUUGGCAAUUCUAGAAUAUUCACCCAAAUAUGUAUUAUUCUGACUCUACCUUAAUUUUAUCAAUAUGUUAAAAUAUAAAAUCAAUAAAUAUAUUCCAGAUAGGUCCAUGUCCUCCCCAUGAGACUUAUUGUCAAGUUUUAGUAAGUGAUCAAAGUAUAAAUUUGGAAUAAUAUUCCUUAUUUUCAUCCACUUUUAGAUAAUAAAAAAACAAAAGCACUAGUCUAUACUCAGAGAUGUGGGGAAUGUAAUAUGCAAGAAGAUUAUAUUCCAGGAUGACAUUUUUUAAAUAUCUUUAAAGGCAUCAAUUUGGGUUAGUAAUCCAUCAGUGAUUCUAUCAUGUAGAUUUUUGUCAACAUGAUACAAAUGGUCUAGGAGGUUCUAAGUACUCCACAUGUGAAGUAAGGCAUAUUUCAUAAAAGACAAGUUAGGUUUCUAGGAUUGUGUAAUCCUUGUCCAUAGGAUUGUCUAGGUAUCUGUAAAUCUAGUUUCCACUCCUUUUUAAAAAAAAGAAAAGAUAGUAUCAAUUUAGAAGACACAUCUCCAUCCAUAUGCAGUUUUUAGAAUGUUACUUAACCACAAGAUAGUUUGUGCUUCUGGUAUCCUAAACAUGUGACUACCAGUUUCUCUCUUCACUGGAGACACCCUUUGUUCUAAGUCAAAAUUAUUUUCUUUUCACAUUAGGUUCUUGACUUCUGUCAGUAUCAGUCCUUGUGAUAUGCUUUAACUGACUCCUCAGCCUGCUAAUGCACUGUUCAGGGCAGUCCAACACUCCAUUGCCUGCAGAGUAAGCCAUGAAAAGAUGAGGUGAACUGUUUUUGCAGAAGACUUCAUAUGCUAUCCGGUCUUAUCCAGAUAACACAUGCCCCACCUACUUCAAAAAUGUCCUGUUUGCCUCAUUUAUCAGGGGAAGUCCCUAGAAGUUCUCCUGCAUAGCCCUUGUUUUUGUGGAAGAAGCAACUUGUGGGACUCCAGUGGUGGCCAAAGGUGUCCAGAUGACCAGUAGCAGUGAAGGUGACUGUGGUUAUCUGAAUGUCUCCCAGGAAAUGUUUCACUCAUUGCAUGUUUGACAAAUACUGAUCUCUCUGACCAACACACUGGGGGAAUAAUAAAUACCGCUAGAAUAAACAGGAGAGAUUGUAUUUACAGAUUUUUUUAGCCAGCUGAACUAUCACUUUCAUACUUACUACUAGAUAGCAGUUGAUGUACAGUUCUGUUCUUCCACCUUAACCCACCUCCUCAUGUGUUUGUGACAUGAGCUGCUACAUGACAGAAGCUCCAGCUCCCAUCCCUUAGAGGCAGAAAUGGCAUUCACUUCUGAGGACUGAGGGUUCACAGAUGGCUGUAUAAGUGUUUGAGAUCAGAUUCCAGAACAUCUCACAUUCAUUUUUUUUGAUGUAUUUGUAUUCACAAUUGUAUUCUCUGAAACAUGUUCAGAUUUUUAAAAUAUGUAUUUGCACUUUGAAAUCUGAAGGAAUCAUACCAAUGUCCAUAAAAAGUGUUUGGGAUUCUUUGGUUUUGUUAGUAAACGUCAGUUUUGUGGUGAU